CCUUAACGUUUACGGAAGUUUAGUUUACUUCUACAGGUUUACAUUCCCACAUUGGAAACGCUAAAAUUCUUCCGGCAUUAUUCUGACAGAUAUGGAAGUACAUCCGAUCCUAGAUCGAGGCGACAGCCCUAAACAUAACUUGUGGUAUGCCGUAUCACCUGAGGGUGUGGGGCCUAGUGUGAGAGUCGGUAGCACAGCCAUUUACAAGCCUAUAUCUGCGUCCAACGGACACUCGAGCGCUGGACAAGUCAUGGUUGUAGGGGGCGCAAACCCGGACGGAUCGUUUGCAGAUUUAUUUAUACUUGAUCUAGAGACUUUCAAAUGGGAUAGUCCAAAGUGUCCUGGGUUGCUGGCCAGAUAUGAACACUCAGCAUUUAUUCCCAAGUCUCACCCUGAGAGGUUUGUGGUGUUUGGUGGGGCUCAGCAGGACCAGAAUCUCAAUGAUGUGCAGGUUAUUGACACAGAUAAAUAUGAGUGUUCCGGGCCAUCAGUAACAGGCCCCACCCCGAGUCCUCGUACAUGUCAUGGCAUGGCUGCUGUUGGGGACAAGCUGUUUGUGUUUGGUGGAGGCCACAAGGGGGCUGACCCUGUUGACGACAAUCAAAUGCAUGUGUAUAAUGCAGAGACAGACAGUUGGUCACAGCUUACCACCAGUGGUGAGCAACCAUGCUGUCGCCAUGGACACAUCAUGGUUGCCAUAGGAACUAGCAUAUUUUUGCAUGGCGGAAUGGCAGGAAGUGAUAUGUUUGAUGAUCUUUUCCAGUUUAACACAGAAAAUAACAGUUGGACUAAGCUAAACCCCACUGGAGAUGUACCCCCUUCCCGCACAGCUCAUGCUGCUGUUGCUAUUGGCCACCGGCUCUACUUGUUUGGUGGUAUGAAUGGUUUAGGCAUGGCACUGGAUGACUUUUAUGUCUUAGAAACAGAAACUUGUAAAUGGAGUAGAAUUCGAAGUGAUGGGCUUCCACCUAACCCCCGACUAGAUCAUGCAAUGUGUACGAUCUUGCUACCCAAAAUAACAGAGGAAGCACCAAGUUCCACGCCCAGCGAGAACAACGAGAGUCCGCCAUCACAGCUUCUGUUCGUAUUCGGAGGGAUGGAUACACAAGGCAAUAUUUUUAAUGACUGCUUCUUCUUUUCACCUUAAUUAAGAGCCGGUGUACGAACACCGGUGGGAUGGACCCCCAAGCGAUAUUGUCAAUGACUGCUUCUCUUAUCCUUGAUCGAGGGCUCGUGUUCGUAUUCGAUGCAGGGCGAUAGAAGGGGAUGGGGCCCUGGGUGCACGUGCCCACCCCCCAAUAUUUUCAAAAAAUUAUAAGGAAAUGAUCAGUAGCGGCGUGGCCGUGCCCCCUAAAUAUUUUCUUAAUGUUUCUGUAUUGUUCUCCUCAAUAUUUCGAGGUCUUCUACGGCACGGCGGAGGGAUGAGCACCCAAGAUAACAUUUUCAAUGACUGCUUAUUUUCACCUUAAUCAAGAGCUUGUGUUCGUAUACGGUACAAUGGAGACCCAAGCAAUAUCUUCAAUGGCUGCUUCGUCUUUGACUUACUCUGUACAAUCUUAGAGGUUGAAAUUUGUUGUAAAAUCGAGCGUGACCAAAGAUAUUCGAAAAUGUUGAAAAACGUAGAAAAAUUGAGGUUAGAUUUCUACGUGAUAAACAGUGUCAGCAUUCCCCAAAAUUAGACAAAAGAACUUUUCUUUUCGAAUAUUUUAUUGGCUAUGCCCUGGAAUCCCUGAAUGUUUCUUAGGCCAACAGCGAACGUGAUAGAAGCUGGAUCUCCACGUGAAUUAAACAUUUAUUAUAUUUC